AUGAAUCAACCGCAACCGUACAUGGAUGGGCAUGCACCAGCAUCCGCGCCAGCCUCCAGCAUGACCCAGUACUCGAACUACGGCCAGCCUCAAGCGCUGCAGCCGGCAACGCACAGCUACGCGCCUGCGGCGUAUCCGCAGUACUCAUACGCGCCCACGAUACCACCAAUGUCUGCCGGCCAUCCAGUGUCUUCAUCCAUGGGCGGCCAGAUGGUACCGCAAUCUCUACCGCAACUGCCCACGAUGCAAUCGAACGCUCCGCAACCUCCCCCAGGAGCGAACCAGCAGUUCCAGCAGCACUCGCACGAUACGACGGGGCAGAUUGCGCCUCACGGCAUGAAGCCGCGAGUGACGGCUACGUUGUGGGAAGACGAGGGCAGCUUGUGCUUCCAGGUUGAGGCGAAUGGUGUGUGUGUUGCGCGACGCGAGGACAACCACAUGAUCAACGGCACCAAGCUUCUCAAUGUUGCUGGUAUGACGCGAGGACGCCGCGACGGCAUUUUGAAGAGCGAGAAGACACGUCAUGUGGUGAAGAUUGGUCCCAUGCACCUGAAGGGUGUCUGGAUCCCUUUCGAUCGCGCGCUCGACUUUGCCAACAAGGAGAAGAUCACAGAGAUGCUGUAUCCUCUGUUUGUUCACAACAUCGGUGCCUUGCUCUACCACCCGACCAACCAAGCACGCCAAAGCAUCGGCAAUGCGGCAAUGGCGGCGCGGCGACCAGAUUCGCAACAAGAGUACAUGCGCACUCCGCAAGGGACCCAACCGCCCGCACUCACGCACCACCACUCGAUGACCAACCCCAUCGGUGCCAGCAUUCCGCAGCCACCGCACUCAAUCGCGCCUCAUCCAGCAUCCGGUAGGCCAGGUCUUGACAGGGCGCAUACCUUCCCAACGCCGCCCUCAAACGCUUCAAGUCUAACAAUGGGGAUGGGCAAUACAGGAAGCUCUUACGAGUACGGAGGCCACCAAGCCACCACACCCCCUGGCAAUUCGCAAGGCAUGCCGUACCAGUCGAGCCAGCCACCCUAUGACAGCCACCGACAGAUGUACUCAGCACCAGGCUCUUACAGCCAGCAAUACGGACAGCCUCCCCACCCUGUCAAAACCGAGAUGGGCCCACCUGCUCGCGCUGGCGCAGAGAACGAGCAUCCAGACAGCAAAGCUCAUACGUACGGCGGCCAGCAAGAUGCUGAGGGGGAACAUGAGGGUGAAUAUACCCACACCAGUGCGUCUAAUGGCGCCAGACGACCUCCAUACAGUUAUAAACCUAACCCAGCACCAGGACCAGUCCACUCGGACCCAUCGCACAUCUCGCCCGAGAUGACGCACUCGCCGCACCAGAACGGUUCUGGGAGAGCAACGCCGCGCACCACCAACCCGUACAAUGCGUACAACACGACACCACAGCGUCCGAAUCAAUUGCCCUCGAGCAACUUGAACUACGUCAUGAGUAACGACGCACGUGCUGGUGCUCCCAACGGCGACUAUGCACCGCAGCCUGCGUAUCAGCCUGCGCCGCAGUACCCAUCGAUGAAUGGCGCUGUUCCUGGUACCAAGCGCAUGCGCGAGGACGACGAGCAAGUCGACCAAUACGGGCGACCCCUCAGCGCUGGAGGUGACUCUGCUCUCAAGAGACAACGCACCGAUCCAGGUGCCAUGUCUGCGCGCCCCAUCAGUCAACCGCAGUCAGUCAAAGCCGGCGGCGUGGUGAGGCGAUAA